UCCAUUAGCAGACGUUUAUUUUUGGAUCAUAACUGAUGGUGGAGCUUCGCGCUUAGAGGAGGGUCCUUUACGCACAAAACUGAUGGACGAAUCACACCUAAUGUUCAGCCAUACAUUCGUUCUAUUGUGGAUGUUGAAUGAUUGUGCGUCUUGGAGAGCAGAGCAGAGCAGAGGGGGAGGACAGAGCAGGAGGGUGGGCAGGAUUCAGAUGAAGGAUUGGUUGACGGCAUGGCAUCAUGGACCAAGUCUAUUAAAACAUCAAUGUUUCUCUCAGGUUUCAAUAUAGAAAAGUUUGCGAGCCUGGUGACACCAUGAGCGAAGAAAACGAGAGCGUGUGCUUAAACAGCUCCAUGGACGCGGACUGCUUCAGCAACCUGGAGGACAUCGACGUGACAGCAGACGGGAGUCCGAUCCUAAGAUUCCUCAUCUGCCUGGUUUAUUCUGUGGUCUGCGCUGUGGGUCUGAUGGGCAACGUGCUCGUCCUCUUCUUCAUCAGAGUCAAACACGAAAGGAAGAAGUCUAGAGUGAACUUUUUCGUGUUCAACUUGGCAGUGACGGACCUGCAGUUCGUGCUCACGCUGCCCUUCUGGGCCGUGGACACCGUGCUGGACUUCAGCUGGCCGUUUGGAGACGCCAUGUGCAAAAUCAUCCUCUCUGUCACCGUGAUGAACAUGUACGCCAGUGUGUUUUUUCUCACAGCCAUGAGUGUGACCCGCUACUGGUCAGUAGCAUCAGCUCUGAACAACAGCACUGGGCAAAGGUCCUGUUCCUCCAAAUGGAUCUGCGCAAUCAUUUGGACAGUGGCGACUCUGGCGACUGCGCCGACUUCGAUCUUCUCCACUGUCAGCAACGUAACCGGAGAAAAGCUGUGUCUGCUGAAGUUUCCUGGUGGGCAGUACUGGCUUGCAGUUUAUCACAUACAAAAAAUACUUGUAGGUUUUGUUUUACCAUUCUGCAUUGUGACCAUCAGCUACAUUAUGCUGCUGCGUUUCAUCCGCCUUAGGAGCAUGAAAACAAGCAACCCCAAACGGAGAUCCCAAGUCACCAAAUCCAUCACCAUAGUCGUGUUGUCCUUCUUCCUUUGCUGGAUGCCGAACCAUGCAAUCACCCUGUGGAGUGUCCUGGUCAAACUGAACGUUGCAAAUUGGGACAAAGCGUACUACAUAGUGCACACUUAUGUGUUCCCUCUGACUGUCUGCCUGGCGCACACCAACAGCUGCCUGAACCCGAUUAUUUAUUGUCUCAUGAGGAAGGAGUUCAGGAAUAAACUGAGAGGUCUGAUUCGCAGGGGAUAGACUGUAUUUGAACUUGUUUUGGAUUAACUGAAUUUGCGCAAAACAUAUUGACAAAUACUAACCAAGAUGCGGCGACUGCGUAAAGAAAGAAGGGGCAUUUAGAGAGAAGGGCGACCUGUCAUGGACCCAGUGCGCACAGGUUACACCCCUUCUAUAAGUGACUCGAUACUUCUCACGUAAAAUGUUACUUCUACCACUGCUUCAUGUCUUUAAAGGCUUGUAAAAUGUGGCAAAGUUCUAUAUAUAACCCACCACAGCUAACAUAAGGCUGUAUACGCAAGGAAUGUCUAAAUAUGUGUUUACAUUUUGCGCUUACGACUACUGUUGCACUGUUUGAUAAAUAGCAAUUAGGUUUAAUGUAUUCACAGUCUGAGAAACUGCGUGCGUAAUUGCGAAUGAAAACGUAUUAAGCAUUGCUGUGCACGAGUAUUCAUUAUGUGAUCAAUGGUAUUAAGCGUGGAAAUCUCUCGCAGCAGGUAUCUGCAUGUACAUACUUGGACACCUGCAGUCUUAAUUCUAGCGCCACCUGCAUCUUUCCUGUUCUUCUCGUGAUACUUGUUUUGUCUGAAUAAAACACAGAGCACAUGGAAAGCAAGUGAGUGCUGUUAAAAUCCGUAUUUGAAUGUUUUUGGCAAAUGAUGUAACUGAAUGUAAAAAUGAUGUGUUAACUCUGACAGUCGUGGAUGCAACAACACCUCAUCACCUUCUGAUGUAAAGGGAUUGCACAAACGGUAACAACAUGUAUAAAAUGUGAUUGUUGUAAAUACGCCAAAAAAAAAAAAAAAACAGUAUUACCCAUUAUGUGUAAUUAUAAGAGUGUUCUCACAUUGUCACAUGUUUAAUAGCUGAUAAUGCACAAGUCAAAGCACAACAGGUUUUAGUCAGAAGAAAGUGAAUAUAGAUAUAACAUGAAAUCUCCCUUACGUCCUUCUAUAUUGUUUUUAACCUGUUCAGCAUUUUGUUCAACUGAAAGGUGCUUCAUAAAAUAAACUUUGAAUUUACUUUCACCUAAACGCCACACGGGCGGAUGAUAGAGAGAGAUUUAUUUUCUCUAAAACUUCUUUCCAAACCAUGAGGAUAAGGGAGGGCAAGAGCACUACAAGGCAUGUGCACAAAGUCCUCUCUGAAUGCGUGAGAGCUGCAGAGCACAUGCAUACACACCUGGGUGUCCUAGAGGACCCUAGAAAUGAGGGUCUGAUCUUGUGUUAAUGUAUGGGCAAUGUCUUUAGUUGUUGAUUGGAUUUGAGUUGACUAAAUAUAAAAUGUUCACGUGAAUAGAAAGUAAAGUGUCUAUUUUC